UUUAUGGUUUGGUUUGACCACUGCUUCUUGGGCUCCAUUACUCUGAGCCUCUCACAUUUCUAAUACUAAUAUUCUUCUCUCUCACCCCCUCGCCUUCUUUUUCUCUCUCUGAAAAAUCUGUUUCUUACUUUUUCCAUUGGCUUUUAUUUGACUUGUAUGCAUUAGGGUUCUUUGUUCAAUCGAAUCAAAUCUCACAAAUUGCCAGCCACAGAUUUUAAUUGCAGAUUGGUGGUCUGUUCAGUCGUCUUUUGACCAGCCAAGAUCAAAACUUUGUAGCCAAGAGCUCCAGAUCAAUUGAGGUUGCAGAGACCAUUCUUAUUAGGAGAAUACUGAGCCUUGAUACAGCCUAAAACCUUGUGCAGAGGAUGGGGUGUUUCACAGUUUUGAAGAGUAAGAAGAAAAAAUCUGAGCAGGCUACUUAUGUCAAACGAGUCAACCCUCAGGAGCAUACACCCACUACACUGCCUGAACCGCGUAUCCAGACUCGUGCUUUGCAAUCUGCGCCCCCAAGUUUUAGAAACAGAGUGAAACCUGUUCACCCAAUUAAUAGAGUGGCCAACAGUAGAACACGGGCAUUAUCUGCCCCAUCUAGCCUCGAUGCAGCAGAACAAGAGGCUCUCUCAUCAAUUGAAUGUGACUGUGAGGAACAGGAAGAGCCAAAGGGUCGGGUUGGAUCAAUGAAGGAACAUCGUUCCCCGAGUCCACAACCCCUACCUCUUCCUUCACCUCAGAGUGCUGCUGUUUUGAAGACGAUGGGAAGCUUUAAAGCUGUAAAUGCCAGCGUCCCUCCUCUCAAUGCUUCUGGACCACUGCCUGUCCCUCCUCUCAAUGCUUCUGGACCAUUGCCUCUGCCUCCUAUGGGAACACUACGUAACUUUUCAUUUGAAGAAAUUGCUGCUGCCUGCCAUAAUUUCUCCCCUGAUCGAUGCAUGUCAGAAAGUCUUUCUUCCGUAUUUUAUAGAGCUUCCUUCGGCGAUGAUGCUUCUGUCUCAAAAAAGCUUGAAGCAACUGUCACUCGCCUUCACCCAUCUGCCCAGGGUUUGAAGGAAUUUAUAAAUGAGGUGAACACUCUUUCAACUUUGCAACAUCCCUACCUCUGUAAAUUGCUUGGUUUUCAUGCACGUGAAGGAUCAGAACAAAGAAUGUUGGUUUUUGAAAGGCUUUGCCAUGGGAGCUUAGACCGCCUUUUGUAUGGGAGGUCAGAUGGUCCCCCUAUUGAUUGGAAUGCCAGGAUGAAAGUUGCUUUAUGUGCUGCACAAGGUCUCACUUUCUUACAUGAGGAAGGGCCUUUCCAGGCAAUGUUCAAUGAAUUCUCAACUGCCAAUAUACAGAUUGACAAAGAUUUUAGCGCAAAACUUUCAGGAUAUGGUUGCAUUAGCCACAUUCCAGAGGCAGAGAUUUCCAGUAGUUCAGUUGCCUCGGCAAAUCUUUCAGUGGAGACACUGGAGAGAGGAUUGCUAACCCCGAAGAGCAAUGUUUGGAGUUUUGGAAUUGUGCUUCUCGAGUUGCUUACCGGCAGGAAGAAUCGUGACAGCCGCCAUCCCAAGGAAGAAUUGAACUUGGUUAAGUGGAGCCGGCCUUUUCUAGCUGAUGAUUGUAGAUUGUCGUUGAUCAUGGACCCUCAGCUAAAAGGCCGCUUCCCAUCCAAAGCAGCCCGGACAGUGGCUGAUAUUGCUCAAAAAUGUCUUCAAAUAGAUCCAUCAGAAAGACCCACCAUGAGAACCAUUGUAGACCGUCUUAAAAGCAUACAAGACGUGAAGUAUUCCUGCCGGUUCCCUCUUCAAGAGCCCGGCGCAAUUGCUGGAAAACAUAUGUCAAGAUCACCGAGCCUGAACGGGAUCAUUACUCCAGCUCCCAGGCUGAGUUUCUCCCCGUCUCCAACAAACAGACCAUCAAUUUCUCCAACUCGGCCACAUGGAUUACCUGUUUCUCUUCCUCCCCGAUGUUCCUCCACUCUUUCUUUGGAGGAAAUGGAACGACAGGAGAGCCGGAGAUCAUCGGCCUCAACUGUUCGAAUGCCUAGUGUUAAAGGAUUUUGAUUGUUAAUAGAGCAUUUUUUUCAUUUUUCGUUUUUUUUGUUUGUUUUUUUAUUUUAAUUUUACAUGAUAUAUAGAAGAUAAAGAUGUGUUUUCCCUACCUUCCAUUCUUCAGGAAGAUGAUAUGGAGAAGAUGAUAUGUUGUAGAUAAGUGUAUCUUUCUGGGUUGGUUACUCUCCAAUAACCAGAGCCCGUGUUCUGCUGA